AUGAGUGCCGCUCCUGGCACCACCGCUACCACCCCCACGGGCACCGGCACAGACGACAUCGCCGCUGCUCGUCGAUUCCUCGAAUACGUCGAUGCCAGCCCGACACCGUUCCACGCGGUAGCUACCACCUCAGCCAUGCUCGACGCCGCCGGCUUCGAGCGUGUCAAGGAGAGCGAGCUGUGGGAUGACAAGGUCAAGCGCGGCGGCAAGUACUACUUUACGCGCAACCAGUCUGCCCUCGUCGCCUUUGCUGUCGGUGCCAAGUACGAGCCUGGUAACGGCGUGCACGUUGUGGGCGCACACACCGACUCACCCAACUUCCAGAUCAAGCCCGUCUCUCGCAAGGCAAAGGAAGGAUACCUGCAGUGCGGCGUCGAGACGUACGGUGGCGGCAUCUGGCAUUCGUGGUUCGAUCGCGAUUUGGGGGUCGCUGGUCGUGUUAUUGUUUCCGACUCGAAGCAGCACGAUGCGUUCACGGGCAAGCUUGUGCACAUCAAACGUCCGAUCCUUCGCAUCCCCACUUUGGCAAUUCACCUCGAUCGCACCGCCAACGAAGCUUUCAAAUUUAACCUCGAGGACAAGACUGUCCCCAUCCUUGGUCUUGCCACGGAGCACCUCAACAAGCGCGCCGACGAGGCAGCUGAGGCGGCCAAAGUGACCCCGCAGGCGGUGGGUAGCCCCGUCAUGGCGGAGAAGCACCACUCAGUGCUGCUCGACCUGCUGGCAUCCGAACUCGGCGUGUCGGUAGAGCAGAUCCAGGACUUUGAGCUCAGCUUGUACGACACACAGCCGGCCUCGAUCGGAGGCAUCAACAACGAGUUUAUCCAUUCUCCUCGACUCGACAACCAGAUGUCGUGCUUCUGCGCCACUGAGGCGCUCAUCGACUCGCUCGCUUCGGCCGAGUCGCUCAACGCCUCUUCCUCCAUUCGCGCCAUUGCGCUGUUUGACAACGAAGAGGUCGGAUCGGUCUCGAGCCACGGUGCCGAGUCCAACAUGCUGCCGAGCCUGAUCCAGCGUCUCGUCGCGCUGCCCGUGUCAUCAUCAUCGUCGUCGUCGUCCUCCGCACCGACUCCUGCUGCGUCCAACCUGUACGAGCGGGCCAUCGCGCGCUCGUUCCUGCUGUCGUCCGACAUGGCGCACGGCUUCCACCCCAACUACCCGUCCUACUACGAAGAAAACCACCGCCCAAAGAUCAACCAGGGCCCUGUGAUCAAGACCAACGUCAAGCAGAGGUACGCCACCACGGGCCCCACGGCGUUCCUCAUCCGCCGCAUCGCCCAGCGCGCCCACGUGCCCCUCCAGUCGUUCGUCGUCAAAAACGACAUGCCUUGCGGCUCCACCAUCGGGCCCAUGCUCAGCAAGCUCGGCAUCCGCACGCUCGACCUCGGCAACCCGCAGCUGUCGAUGCACUCGAUUCGCGAAACUUGCGGAACAAAGGACGUCGAGUACAAGAUCACGCUUUUCAAGCACUUCUUCGACUCGUUCGAGCACGUCGAUGCCCAGCUCGUCAUCGACUAA